AUGCAGAUCUGCAACUCGCAGACUCAAAUUCAAUUCGAACGUGCGGGCAUUGUUCUCGACGACGACGCCAGCGCUCCCUCCCCUCACCCCACGCACGCUCGCGCUCUCAACCCACAAUACUGCCCAAUUCCGCUAGCCUCCCCGAUCGCGGUGGCGGCAGCAGAGUCCAACACCUCGACUGCCAGCGCGCUUAGCCCACCCUUUUUGCGGAGAACUCUCAGCAAAAUUGAACGUUGCCGCGCCGAUGUCGGCGCUCACUCCCCCUCGCCCCAGGCAGAUGCGACAUACGCUCGCGCUCUCAACCCACAAUAUUGCCCAAAUUCGCUAGCCUUCCCGAUCGUGGUGGCGCAGCACAGUCAGCCCCCGCCGCCUUCCAGCAUCUUCCGUCCAAGUUGGACCGUCUGUGCGGUGCACGCACGUGCGGAUGCGGAAAGUGCUGAGCCAAAGCCCGGGCACCCCGCCUUCCUGGAAUCCCCAAACGCGAAUCCCCUCGGACCUCAACGAGCACGCCCUCUCGAGCUCGGUUCUGCCCAGAAGAGGCUAGCCCGACGCCCGGCGGCACGCCAUCGCCGAGUCGGAGUCGCAUUCGGAGUCAGACGUCUCUCGACGAAACUCACUGGCCGAAAAUUUGUUCGCGGAGCAGCACUUUAG